AUGUCGAUCACGCACAAACAAACCGCACACGGAGUGGAACAUGUAAUCGAAACAACGAGUCCUCCUGUGUCAAACAAAGCCAGACGACUCUGUCCAGAAAAACUCAAGACAGCUAAACAAGAAUUUGAGUACAUGAUGCAACAAGAUUUGAAUCUAGUGCGUACAUACCAACAGAUUUCAGUUCGCGAAUCAGAUAUUCCGAAAACCGUAAUCAUUACACCGUUCGAACUUUUCGAAUUUCCUUAUAUGACAUUCGGACUUCGUAACGCAGCACAAACUUUUCAAAGAUUUAUGGAUUGGGUAACUGUAGGACUUGACUUCUGUUUUAUUUAUAUCGACAUUUUAAUCGCUUCGCAGGACGAAACGCAGCACAAGGAACUUCAACAGCAUAGCAUAGCAAUCAAUCCGAAUAAAUGUGUGUUCGGACAGAAAAGUGUCAGCUUUCUGGGACAUACAAUCAGCGCUGAAAGAAUCAAACCUUUACCCAAAAAAGUCCAAGCUAUCGUUGAAUUUCAGGAACCAGCUACAGUCAAAGGACUUCGAUGUUUCUUAGGAAUGCUCAAUUUCUAUAACCGAUUUCUCAAAGAUCUCGCAAGCAUGCAAGCACCAUUGCUAAAUGCAAUCUCGGGACGUAAACAAUGCAACAACAAUGCGAAAAUAGAAUGGACUCCUGAGCUCAAACAAUCCUUUCAACGAGUUAAGGAACAUUUCGCUCAAGCCACCUCGCUCGCAUUUCCAGACAGCAAGGCAACACUCUCGUUGCAAACAGACGCUUCAGACAAAGCAAUCGGUGCGGUAUUGCAACAGUACAGCAACGGAUUUUUACAACCAGUCAGUUUCUUUUCAAGGAAGCUCACGCCUACGCAAAUAAAAUAUAGCAUAUAUGAUAGAAAAUUAUUGGCUAUCUAUGCGGCUAUCAAACAUUUUCGAUAUAUGCUAGAGAGACGAAACUUUCACGUUAUCACGGAUCAUAAACCCCUCGUGUACGCAUUCAAGAGUUCACAACCGAUGCACGUUUCAGGCGCCGAAAACAUUGUAGCAGAUGCAUUAUCUCGCGUCGACACUGUCGUGAUGCCAACUAGUCUCGAUAUACAAGAGAUUGCAAAAGCUCAAGCCUCGGAUAACGAAUUGCAACAACUGAAGCAAUCUACAUCAAUCUUUGAAGCUCAAAAAUGCAUCAAAUGUCUCAUCCAAGCGGCAGAGCACCAGCAAACUGCGCAAAAAUUUGUAUGGCCCUCCAUGGCUAAAAACAUUAAAGAGUGGGCCCGCAUGUCAGCAUGCCAGCAAUCUAAAAUUCAUCGGCAUAACCAUACUUCGCCUACCAAAAUACCAAUACCAGAUACUCGUUUCGAGUACGAACAUAUCGAUAUCGUUGGUCCUCUACCUUCAUCCAAAGCAAAUACGGUGGCGAAGAUGUUUUUCACUCACCAGAUUUGGAGCUCCACGCCUGAUCAGAGCUCGCAAUUCGAAGCGCAGUUGUUCAACACAUUAACCAAACUCGUCGGUUCUAAACGUUGUCGGACAACUGCAUAUCAUCCAAAAUCUAAUGGCAUCAUCGAACGAUGGCAUCGCUUUUUAAAAACUGCAUUAAUGUGCCACGGUGAAACUCAAUGGACAGAUACACUGCCAGUAAUAUUACUCGGACUAAGAAUUUGUUUCAAAGAGGACUCUAGACACUUCUGUAGCGGAAUUAAUUUACGACACUACGCUCAAAGUACCGUAGAAGGCAGCAGACGUUCCCUGGACCAACCGUACACCGGACCGCAUAAAGUAUUAGAACGCAUUUCGAACAAAGUCUUUGCUACAGAAGUCGACGGCAAAUGUAUCAACGCCACUGUCAAUAGACUUAAACUCGCUUAUUUAAUAAUUCAAGACUCAGAAACUAUUUCGUCCACUGCGUUCCCGUCUUCAAUUAACAUUCCAGUGCAAUAUGAACCAAAGACAUAUCCAGCAACCAAGCGAAAGACUGUUAGAUUUAAGGAUUAAGUCGCGCAAUAUUACAUUAAGCGAUCAACAAGCAUAAAUUUCUGUUUGUUUCAUUUAAUUUUAUUUUCUGUUAUUUUCGUUCUAGCGAUAAUUUAAUCGAACAUUUAAUGUAUUUCUUUCCUUAACACUGGGAGAGGAGUACUGUGGCGUUGCGAGCGUUAAUCACGGCGCUCGAGUUGGUUCUUCUUCCCGGCUUUCUUUUCUUUCCCUCUCUCUGGUGUCAUGGCGUUCUGCGUGCGGACCUCGUGUAAGCUUCUGCGAUAGUUAACCUGUUAAGACUCGAUAAGAUUAAGAAUCACCUUGUGUUCAUUGCGAGAUCGACAUCGAUUACUGUUCAUGUCAUUCGGUAAUUGUUAGCGCCGUCAGAUACUCAUAGUGUACUUUCUUAAUUUCUCGUAUUCUAACCUAGUAACGCGAUACCGAUAUCUGAGCCGUCUUACACAAUCACGUCUCUAUUUUGUAAUCUAUACUUUCUAAAUAAUCAUUCAAGUUUGUAUUAAAUCACCUUAUGGCAUAUGAGUCAGAAUCAACGAGCAACAUUCAUUCGCAAACUUAGCGAUUUUUCGCCAAUUCCUUCGCCGUUAGUUAGUCAUCGCCGGCGCCCAGACAUGCUCGCCACAUUGGGCAUAGCAGUCACAACGUAGCCACAAUGCACCGGUAGGUGACGUCCCCUGGUGUUCGGCGCGCGGCGCUAUACACUCGUACCGAAGUGCAUACAUAUGUGUUACUAGAAACGCGGAGAAGAUGAGGAGCGCGAAGCGAGAAAGUAGUGAGGUAAGGCGCUUCGAUAUUCUGUCCUUAGCGCAAGGCGCACGAUUGAGAGAGAAAGCGUAAUUGGAUGUCGGCUCGCGAUAUCCUUUCGCUGUCUCAUACAUUUGUUACUAGUACGAGUGAGUACCCCGAUAUCUCUCGCUCGCCAAUAUUUAUAAUAAUAUUUUUAAUACGCAAAAUGUUGUAAUUAUGCAUAAAAAGUUUUAAUACACACUGUAAAAAAUUUUCUGUGUGUCAGAAGUAAGUUGUCCGUUUGCUGGUCAUUUUAUUCGGCGAGUCAUUCAAAGUGAGAAGAAGGAGAGGUGAGUGACGAAUGGAUUGCAGUGGAAUUAUGAAUUCUUUUAAUGAAAUAAAAAUGUGAAUU